AUGUGCAACACCAAAGUGGAGUUCCAGUUUGGCAAGGCCAUGUGGAGUAAGGAAUCCAGGAAGCAUCUUCAUGCUGGCAGCUGCGAGUACUGUAGAGAUUUUUAUGAGGGCCUCAACCCGAUGCCGCCCAGCCUCUGCAUCUGUUAUGGCACUCACCCAUACCCUCACCUUUUAAGCACAAAUGAUGAACAUCAGAAGGUCAUCGAGGAGCACAAGCAUGAGAGUUCGCCACAUCACCAAUGGUGGGAAUGGCUGCUGAACCCACCAGGGUACUUCGAGAUUGGGUUCCCAGUCACACAGGAGGCUGCGGAGAUCAAUUCGUGA